AUGGAGCCACGCCGCCUCACCAGGUCUACAUCGGAUCCUCAGCUCCCAAAACUUGAGGCUGUGGAGACCAUUACAGUCGACGACCACCUCCGGCUCAUCUAUGAGCUCGCUUCGGCGUACUGCGAGUUCGCGGAUCAGAUCGAACGAGAGGCCCUCAAUAAGAGCACCAGACUUAAAGCGCAGUAUGACCAGCAACGCGAUGCAGCCAAAACUCGUGGGAAGAAAAACCAUGCGAAAAAGGACGAGAAGAUCCGGGCUUUGGAAGACCAGAUCCGCGAGCUUACGACCGACAAGCACGUUCUUGAAGAAGAAAAGAGCGAGCUUCAAGCUGCGUUUGUCUCCGCUUACCAGCAAGGUGAAGGGCUCCGAAAAGCUUGUUCCGAAGCCAUGGCAAGCCUUGAAGCUGCCCGCUCCUUGCGAGACCAGGUCGAGGUUGCCAAUACUCGGAAUGUCGCAAUCAUCAAAAACCAGCAAAGGGCAAAGAAGGAUGACAAGGCUCAAUACGAGGCCAAGCUUCGUGAACAGACGGAUUUGGCCGUUCGGCAGACGAAGGAGGCCGCUCUCGCAGUAUCGCAGAGGAACGCUGCGUACUUCGCGAACGAGGUGUUGCACAAGAGGGACAUCCCUUCGGACGUUCGAGCACUCUUCAAUCUUUCGGCUCAACGACGAGAUGCAGCAAUCAUGAGUGCGAUGAAUGGCAAUGGACAAGUCAUGGAGCAUAUGGUCCGCGACGAGCCGGACUUUGCUCGUCUCCUCGUGAAAAAGCCAAGGGAGAUCUUUGAAGAGCUCGGUUUACCAUUUUCGCAGCCUCUCGAAAAAGUUAUUGUCUACUAUAUAGCGACGGCGGACCUUGCCAGGAAGAAGCUGGCCGAACACGAAGAGAAUAUAGCUUCACUGCUGCAGAAGAUUGCGAUGUCUUCGGGGAUCUCACUUGAAUAG